AUGUUUGGACGUGGUUGCAUGCUCACUUUUAUUAGCACGGCUCUGUUGCUUCUUGGGGUCGGAGAUGCGGCGGAUGUUAAAGACGGGCAAGGGAGUGUACAAACAACCAGUGAUGACGUGUCGUAUUAUGGCCGUUUGAAGCUGCACCCAACCCUUGUCAAUAAUCCUGACUUCCACAACCCGCUGUGGCAUGUUCAGGGAGGGGAGGUGAUUCUAAGCAAUGCUCAGCACUCAUUUCGUGUGCCGACGCAAGUGGAUGGUUCUUUUGUUGUACAUGGUGUCCCUUACGGAAGUUACUACCUCCAUGCGGAAUAUAGUGAUCACAUCUACCCAACCAUUCGCGUUGAUGUAACUCAGAAGACUUCCCAUGGGUUAGUACGACCACUUAUACGAACUUAUGCAAACGAGGCGAUACUCCAGCAAUUACAAGGAACCGGUUUAGACGAAUCGGCACCAGCAACCAUUCCUUUUGUUGGAAUUCACAACUAUUUUGUGCCUCGUGAAGAGUACACUGUGUGGGGUUUACUGACAAAUCCAAUGAUCAUGAUGAUGCUAGUCUCUAUGGCAUUGAUUGGGAUGAUGAAUUUGGUGCCAGAGGAGGAACGAAGAGAGUCCAUGCGGGAGUUCCAGAACCUACGUAAGCAGUUUUCUGGUGGAGGUGCUGACGAGAUUAAGCAACCGGCAAGGCGUGCGGUCACUGCGGCGGGACACGAGAGGAAGCACAAGUGA